AUGAUAUACCAGCUGAUUUUACAUUGAAUGAAAAUGAACAAUUAUUAUCAUUCUCGUCAUCAAAUUCAAAUAUUAAUCAAGAUGACGAAGAUGAACGUAUUGUUGGACAAGAAAGUUCAGAUGAGGGUGAAUCAGAGACGUUGGAAGAUACAAAUAUAAAUGAAAAUCUUAUUGAUUGGUCAUUAUUCACAGAUUUAAUCAAUACAGAAGAUCAUAAUAAGGAGUUUACUUUCAGUUCAUUUGAAAAACAUUACACUCAUUUCCUACUUGAUUUACGUGAAGGACAUUUAUUACCACAAGGCAUCAUUAAAUCAAUCACAUCUUAUUUCACAACUAUGCUGGACGCAUUAUUUAAACUAAUCGAAAAUCAAGCAAUACAAUCAUCAACAAAUCCAUUAAUCUCAUUAGUUGAUAUAGGAAAAGUAAUAUUACAAAUAAAAAACUUAAUAUAUGAUAUUUCUAAAAACGACUAUCAAUUCCUGAAACGCUGUACAGAUUAUUUUGGAUACACAGAGCCAUUAAAAAUUGAACUAGAUGAUAAAAAUAAUUGUGGUUAUUAUGUUCCAAUUGAAAGAAGUAUUCAGAAUUUAUUGAACAAACCAGAUGUUAUUAAUUAUUUAAUUGAUAAUGUGAAUAAUAAUAUAUCACAAACGAAGAAUGAUCCUGAUUUGAUGUUAACGUACCGAGACGGUACUGCAGCAAAAGACAAUCCUUCAUUAAAACUUCAUCCUAAUUCAUUUUUAAUUCAACUCUAUUCAGACGGAAUUGGAAUAACAAAUCCCCUAGGUCCAAAAAAGGACAAACAUAAACUUACUUUAUAUUAUUUCCUUUUAGAAGAUUUACCAGAUUUUGUAAAAUCCAUGUUGCAAUCGAUUGGUCUAGUUGGAAUAUGUCCGACAAAAUUUUUAUCGAUACAAACAAAUCGUAUGAAAUUUUUUGAACCUAUUAUAAAAGAUUUGAAUCAUUUACAAACAACUGGUUUAGUUGUUCAAACAUUCAAUGGACGAUUACAUUUUGCAUUUAGCUUAUUCGCAGCUGACAAUCUUGCUUCUCAUGAAAUUGGCGGAUUUCAACAAAAUUUUAAUUCGGGACAAUUUUGUCGAUUAUGUCACAUUUCUUAUAAAUUCAGAUUGAUUCCAUUAACAGAGAUUUCAUUUCUACCACGCACAGUAACUACACAUGGUUCAUAUGUUCAACAAGCUGUAAACUUGUUUAAUACAAGACCUGUUGCUGGUGUUGUAGGCGAAAGUCCUUUGUCCAAAUUGAUUGCUUUUCAUGCAAUCAAAUCUUUGCCAAAUGAUUUAAUGCAUGAUUAUGCGGAGGGCGUGUGCCCGCUCAUAGUUUUAGCUAUGUUAAAAGAAGUCUCAGCGAAACGUCUCAUGACAUAUAAUCAAAUAGAACAAAAAAUUCAUACAUUUAGUUACGGAAUGAAUGAUCAGGUGAAUAAACCGCCUACAAUUCGUGCAACACAUCUUACAAAUAAUAAUAUAAUUGGUUCAGCAAGCCAGAAACUAUGCUUAUUUAAAUUAAUGCCAUUCAUAUUUCACGAUGUCAUUGAUCAACUAACAAAUACGUUAGAUAUUUAUACUUGCCUACGUGAAAUAAUUAGUUAUACUUACUCAAUAAAAUUCAGAAAAUCUUGGUUAAUGUACUUUCAAUCGUUAACAAUACGUUUUCAGUCGUUAAUGGCUCAUCAUUUACCCUAUCUCAUUAUACCGAAAAUUCAUUUUGUCACUGAGUAUCUGAGAACAAUUAAUGCAAAUGGACCAGCAACUCGUUUUUGGUGUAUGCGGUUUGAAGCAUUUACUCUUGCCAAAAGACAUCAACUUCGACAAUGUCUAAUGUUAUCCAAUAAGAAUUAUUAUAAUAUAUGUACUGAGAUAACAUUGUUAAAACCCAUCCAAUAUUCUUCAUUACCAAUACCUGUUCAACGUUUAUUAACAGAAAAUAAUAUUAAUCAAAACAUAUUUGAUGAAUGUAAAAUAAUUUAUAACAAAAAUGUUAUGAUGAUGAGACAAUCAGUAUUUGUUGAAAGAUUAGUUGAUGUAGAAGAAGAACCAUGUUUUGUUUCUAUCCUGUAUUUCUUGAAAAUACAAAAUAUUUGGAAAGCAGUUGUUGAACAUUUACAAGUGAUAGGAUUCAAUGAAACACUUUGGGCAUACGAGAUCGAAUUUUGUAAAACAUUCGAUCUAUUAGACUUGGAUCAACUUCUACACAUUUUGCCUCAUGGACUAGAUAUUUAUUAUGUUCAAGGUUCUGCUUAUGUUAAUGUUUUAUCUCAAGAGGAAAUUGAUGGAGCUACAUUAGCAAGAUUGCCAUACGAUGAAGUACGUACAUUAUUUCCAAAAUUAAAAGAUCGAGUAUUAUUCACUGAAAAACGUGAUUUAUUGAUCAAACAAUGGAAUAAUAUUGUAAAUGAACAAUUAGAUGAUGGAGAUAUUUUGAAUCAAUCUAGCAAACAAACAUUUGAUACAUGCACGGCAUCACAAUCAACAACUUCAACACAAGAUUUGCUAAAUAAUCCAUCAUUAUCUAGUAACAAUAUGAAUGGUGACGAAUUUGAUGCAGCAUCAAAUAUCGAUGAUGAGGUUAAUCAUGAUGAAACUGAUGAUUUAGAAGAACCUCAUCAGAAUUUGCCAACUGAUUUUGCAUUUUCAUCACUACCAGAAGAAAUACAAGUGAUUAUUGAUGAUAAUGAAUAUCCUAAAGCAAAUGAUUAUUUUUUAAUUACACAAGCUUUGCUCAAAGCAUUAAAUAUUUCAACAACAGAUGCAAAUGCAGCUAAUGAAUGGCGAGAAGCAGUAAAACAGAAGUUCAAAAAUGAACGUCGACUUUUACAAAACACAUCUGCAGUAGUCCAGAAAAAAAAAGAAAAAUUUGGAAAAAGUUCUGGACGCUUUGCAAAAAAAAGUGAAGCACUAUCUGCUGAACGAAAAUCUGAUAAAAUAAUUUAUGUUAGUACUAUUAUGGAUGAAAGUGAUGUUGAACAAUUAAUCAUAACAAUGAACGAAGGUAUUGAAAAUGAAACAAUACAUAACGAUGAAUAA